GGGAAACGGAAGCGGAAGUGCCGCCAUCUCCUCGCACCAUCCGAGCAACAGCAGGGUCAGUACAGGCGAUAUUUGGGGAAGUAUUAUAGUCUAUUACGUUAGUACAAGCGGUUACAUGACGCGUUAUAUGUUUAAAUGACGAACGCGACUCGAGGGGUGAUAGUCGUGAAGGAAGAGCAGCGUCGCGUCACUCUGUCACGCACACGCGCGCGUCUCUUUAUGAGUUGAGUUAGCAUAGCGGCGCGCUCCCGUCUCUAAAUGAGUGUUUUUAAUUCAGCACCGUGACAGAAACAGCAGCGCUUCGCUUUUCUGCCGUCUUCGCUGGUAAGAACCCGCUUUCUGGUGCUCGGCUGGAUGUCUGGGCGUGUUUGAGAGGCACAACAGAGGCGCAACGUUAUUUCACCCCACAUCUGUGCUUCUGGGCCCUCAUGUGGCGGCCGUGCGGAGGUUUGGAAGAGUGGACAGGCUAAACGCUGAAAGACCCCGACCUGAACACGUGCACAAAGAGAGAGCGAGAGGGGGGGAGAGAGACUGACACUCCCAGAUUUUGCAGAACCUGAUAGCCAGCCUGUUGCCAUGUCGACAUCAUCGCUGAGGCGACAAGUGAAGAACAUUGUUCACAAUUACUCAGAGGCAGAGAUAAAGGUAAGGGAAGCAACCUCUAAUGACCCAUGGGGUCCCUCAAGUUCUUUGAUGUCAGAGAUCGCUGACCUGACCUAUAAUGUAGUGGCCUUCUCAGAGAUUAUGAGCAUGGUCUGGAAGAGACUCAACGACCAUGGGAAGAACUGGAGACAUGUAUAUAAAGCUAUGACUCUGAUGGAGUAUCUGAUAAAAACGGGUUCAGAGCGGGUGGCACAGCAAUGCAGGGAAAACAUCUACGCCGUUCAAACGCUCAAAGACUUCCAGUACAUAGACAGAGACGGCAAAGAUCAGGGUGUGAAUGUACGGGAAAAGGCCAAGCAACUGGUGACUCUGCUAAAAGACGAGGAGAGGCUACGAGAGGAGAGGAUCCAUGCACUCAAAACCAAAGAGAAGAUGGCACAGACCAGCAGUGCAUCUUCGGCCCCUUCUGCUCCUGCUUUAGGGGGAGGAGGAGUGCACUCCGGAGCAGACUCUGAUCAGGCGUGGCCCCAGAGCUCCGGUGAGGAGGACCUGCAGCUCCAGCUGGCACUGGCCAUGAGCAAGGAGGAGGCGGAGCAGAAGAGACCGUGCUGUGAUAAGACUACACAUGACCCUCUGGAAGAUGCAGAGAUCCGCUACGCACUCACAAUCAGCCAGGAGACUCACCAACAGGAGGAGCGUCUGCGCAGGGGAGACGACCUGAGGCUGCAGAUGGCCAUCGAGGAGAGUAAGAGGGAGAAAACCAAGCCCGAGGAGUCGUCUCUGAUGGAGUUAAGCGCUGCAGACCCGUGGGGAGCUCCUGCGACAGGCUCUGCAGGACCCUCUCCUCCUCCCGCUUUGGCUCCCGCAUCUACUGCUGGCCCUUGGGGACCUCCUGACCCAUGGGGAGCCGCUUCCCCUGCCUCUCCCCCAAGUGCUGAUCCUUGGGCAGGAGCACCAGCAACUGUAGCCCCAGACCCAUGGAGUGAUUCGUCCUCCAGAGUAAAUUCUGACCCCUGGGCAUCCACAGCUGUGACCCCACCAAGUGCCGACCCUUGGGCUCACUCAGUGGCUCCGGGCCCUACCCCGCUCUCAGGGUCAACUGAUCCCUGGGCUGCGGAAGGAGCCGCCCCUGCCACUGACGGUCUGACCUCUGAUCCUUGGAGUGGCUCAGUUAAACAAACUAACGGCACAGCAGAUCCAGAGAGAAGAGGCUCCUCAGUGACAUGUGAUGCAGGAGGCUCUCCUGUGCCCUUUGACCUUUCAUCGAUUGGUACCUCUUUGCCCGUUCGGAAAACACCAGAGUCAUUUUUGGGACCCAACGCAUCACUGGUGGAUUUGGACUCACUAGUAUCAUCAAAACCCAAACCAAAACAACCACCACCACCAAGCAUCUCCUCCACAUCUAACAACCCCUUCCUACAGACACAGGGUGCCUCCUCAACAGGUAUGGGAGUUACCCCAGGAAGUACCAUUUCAAGUAGAGGAGUAUCUCCGACCCCACCUUCUGCUUCUAAUCCUUUUGGCGCGACCCCAAUGGCAUCCAUCUCCCCUCAACCCUCUUCACUUGGUCUGAACCAGCUCCGUACAAGCCCCGUUCCCCCAAACCCCAUGCUGGGUCACAUGCCUCCACCAGUAGUGGGAAUGGUUCAGCCAGGAAUGGGCAUGCCAGGAAUGGGGGUCCCUAUGGCGGCCCCUAGUAUAAGCAUGGGAAUGGGCAUGCCUUUCGGUGGAAUAUCCCCUAUGGGUCCUGCAGGAAACCCCUUGCUGAUGGGUCCAGGCGGCCCUGCACAGCCUUCACUGAUUUUGGGCGGGCCAUCAGGAGUGGGCGGAGUAAUGGGAACAGGGGGAUCCAUGGGAGGUGGAACCACAGGCACAAGCACCAAUCCUUUCCUUCUUUGAGAGAUUUCACCAAUACCACUGGCCCUGUGCACUCAACAACCAAUCCAAACCUGCCCUACCAACACAAACAGUUUGUGUUUAACAAAAAACAAAAAAACAAAUGUGUGUACAUCUCUAUAUUUAAUGAAAAGUCAAAACUAAAAUGUGUUCUUUUCUUUCACAAACAGCAUUUCAGUUUUGCUUUGUUGUUUUCCCCCUUGUUUUAUUUGACACAGUAUUUGAAGUCUAUUUAUUUCCCUAUUCAGUUUUGGUUUCUUUGACAGACAUGGAUGAUUGGUGGGUUCAUUCAAUGAAUGCAGGCUGUUAAUAUUGUUAUAUUAUUAAGAUGAUUGUUAUUGCUCAGAAUCAGGAAUAUGAAGAAAUGGGAGGAGGAAUACAAGCCACUAAUGAACCCAAUCAUACACCCUGAUUCCCCCCCCCCUUUCAUUGAUGAUGGAAGAGCCGGUGGCCCUCUGAAAGACAGAGCGCAUGAAGGAUGACUGACGGACUCGCCCUGAAUGGAUUCAGAAGGAUUCGGCUGUCCGUUUUAUUCACAACUCUAGUAAAAAUCAUUUGAUAGAUGUAUUACUUUUAAUUUAAUUUAAUGUGUAAUCUUGUGUAAUUUAUUUUAAUCGUAUGUCUCUGACUCCUGGAAACGAUUAAACCAAGGAAAAUCGCACUGGAAAUUGCCAUUGAAACAGAUGCCUGCUUGGUCUCUGACCUACAACAUUUCAGUCCAUGCCGCAUGGUUCAUAUACACAUGAAGAGAGAGUAUGACAUGUCCAGUGUUUUCACUUGGCUCACUGCUUUGCUUUUGAUGGGGUUAAUCAGCAUUGUCUUUAUUAGAGUCCUAAUUUUCAACCACUUUUUUUUGCAGUCGGGGAAAAGAAAAUCGAAGCAUUAAUUCAACACCUGUUCACUUGAGAAACAGCGCUUGUCUUUGCAUUUCACUUCAGCACCUUUGUCCUUCAACAUUCACACAGAAAACAGGAAAGUGUUAAUGCUUCUGAAAUUGUCUGAAUGAUUUUGUGAAAUCAGAUUAUAAAAAUGGGGACUGAAUGAGACGAUCCAUGCUGUUAUUCUUUAUUUACUUUCAAAUU